ACCUGCCAAGGAAAUGUGCUCCACCUGUUUGACACCUGUCUAUCCAAUGGAAAAAAUGGUGGCCAAUAAUCUUGUCUUACACAAGAACUGUUUCUGCUGUAAACACUGUCAGAAGAAGCUCAGCAUACACAACUAUUCAUCUCUUUAUGGAGAGUUCUACUGCAUUUCUCAUUACCAACAACUUUUUAAAAGAAAAGGAAAUUAUGAUGAAGGAUUUGGGCACAAGCAACAUAAAGACCAGUGGCUUCAGAAAAACAAAGGCACAGAUGAGCCAGAUACUGUGUCCAAUCUCAAAGAGACAAAAAGCAACUCUAACAUGUCUGACAACUCCAGAAAGUCCCCUGCUGGGGGUUUUAUUAAAAACUCACCUUCAAGACAGGUAGGAUAUAACAGUGGUGCUGAUGUUAGGGGCAAACUAAAAAUGAGCUGGCCACCAGAAAAAAAGGGUACUGGAGUUAAUCCAGCGCAGCGAACACAUGUGAAGAAAAAGCUGUCUGACAUUGGCAAAGUAUCGACCUUUAGUACAAGCUUUUCAGACAACAACCAAUUCAAGAUAAACAAUGAUGGAGAAAUGAAAGUGACAAAACCGUCAAGCUCAAUCAUUUCAGGAGUCAAGGAACAAUCUAGGACAGCAUGCUGUAACUCAGUUGAGAAGUUGCCCUCAGGUGAAACAAAACCCCAGAGUGAUCCAACUGAAGAAGGGCAUUUCCAAGACAGCAUCUCCUCAACAGUGUCUAACCUUUCUUCACCCUCUGUAGAAAAGGUUAGUACUGUCACAAAUCAAAAAGCUCAACAGAAGAAUGUAACAUCCACCUCAAAAACAAACUACAAUGGAACAUCUAACAGGUUGGACACUAAUCCAAAUAAAGCGAGGAAGUCUGUACGAUUUGCUUCAAAUGUUGAUCUUGCUCAUGACUCAUCCCCUCAACUGAUCACAAGCCUUAAAGAGGAAAGUAUACAGCUUACAGACUCAACUGAACAGAGCAAAGUGAAUAAACCCAAAGAUUUAAAAGAUGUAAGGGAAAAUAACACUGAUCAUUUAUCAUUUGAGUUCAGCAAAGAACAGAGCAAGAGUGAGGUGUACCUUGAAAUCCCUGAAUACAAAUGUCAUGAAGAAACAAGCAAAAUGUCUAACCAAGAGCCAGUUCUGAAUGGAGGUGAAAAGAAGGUUGAGGAAUCACUUGAUACUAAGAGUUUAACUGAAACCUUUAAUACAACUGAAGCAGUUGUGGCACACCAGGAGCCAUCUGAGAUACUGCACGUCAUUCCAAAAGACCCUGUCAAUCUGAGUGAAUCUGAUAAUCCAAGUUCUCUGCACAAUCAUCCAGAACAUGAGAAAGGUGAGGAAGCCAGUCUUGAAAGGAAUAAAAAUCAGUUUGAAACUACUGACUCAACCAAUGACCAAAAAAAUGGUGGUAGUCAGAGGAAGCCUGUUGAUAGAACAAAUUCUCUCAAGGGUUCUGCAAAACAGAACUGGUCAAAAGGAAAGAGUGCUUUUUCAAAACUCUUCACAUCAGGUGCAAAUGACAAAACAAACAAAACUGAACCAAAAAAUACUAAGAACCCAGAUGCCAAAGCAAAUGAUGGACUCUUAGGAAGACUUUUUCAGUCAUCCUUGGAAAAGGCUGAGGACACCACAGAACUGGCUGUGCAAGAUGAAACAAAUGAAGAAGCAGUUGCUGAUGACAGAAAGACAGAGGAGGUAAAGGAUGUUAUUACAAAAGAGAUGCAAAAGGAAGACACCAUGUCUCAAGCACCACCUCAGGAACAAGAGGUUCAGCCCAAAGCACCAGAUAGUAACAAAAGUGAGGCUGCAAGCACGUCCACCGAGGCAUCUGACCUGCUCGCAACUUCAACAAAUGAAACACAAGAUAAACAAAUAGCUGUAGAACAAACAGAUGCAAAUCCAAGUGAUGAUCAAGAAUCAAGUUUGAAAAUCAUUGAUCCUAUAGGCCUGUCGGGUACUGAUCCUCCUAUCACUGUUCAGUCAGUUAGCCAGGCAUCUGAGGAGUCAGUCAAUCACUUAACUGCAGAGAAAAGUGGUGAUGAAGUUUUGAGUGCUCCAUUUAAUGAUAGUUUUGGAGAUAGUGUCGGUUCAGCCCCUGCUGAUACUCUGGCCUUUCAGAUAAAUACUGAUGAAUCUGCUCAUAAGCCAGAUGAUGUGUUUAAUACACCAGGCGUAGAAACAAGAGACCUGUGCAGUGGAGCACUUCUUGAAAUCAGUCCAGAACUUACUCAAGAUCCCCCGAAUCUUUUUGGUCUGUCUGACUCUGAGGAGAUUUUGGUGAACACCCCUGGUGAUAUAUUUUCCCCUUCUCUGAGUGACACUGCUUUGUCUGAAGCUGCCUCUACUGAUACUUUUAAGCUGCUUGGCUCUCAGCCAGUACUGACUGAGAAUGAAAAGAUGCUUGGAAUGAUGGAUCAGUUUGUGGUCCCUGAUUCAGCAUUCGCAAACCAAAAUGAGGAGCAGGGUAGUGACUUUGACAUAUUCAGUUCAAAUGAUGUCCAAUUCAGGCAGUCACCUUCUGCAAAUGUGUCUGAUCGAGGAAUAGCUGAUGCCUCCACAAACCAACCACUUGCCUCACCCGAUGACUUUUUUGGAGUUUCUGACAUCUCCAACAGUACAGAUGUAUUUACAUUGCUGCCAUCGACCCCAGGUGCUUCUGACGCACUGAAUGAUUUAAUUGGUUCAGAUACAUUUUCUACGGUUGCUCCUUCAGCUCAGACAGAUCUUUUUGCUGAUGACAUCUUUGCACCAGAUCCACAGAUGCUGUCAGCAUCUGAGUCAAGUGACAUAAAUUUAUGUGUUGACAGUCUUUUAGUGUCUGACAACAACAGCACUGAGCAAACAGCGGAAAAUACGUUCACAAGUAGCAAUUGGAUGACUGAUUUACUUGGGUAAUAGCAGGACUGUGUUUACAUGACAAUAACACCAAAGUUGGAAUGUACUAAAAAAUAAAGACUAAUAAUAAAAUCACAUUAAGAUGUCUUUGAAAAUCACCUAAAUGGAUGGAAUAAUCACUAAAAGUCACGUGAGCAUCAUUUAUGAUAUCACAUAUAAUUUGCAAAGCAAUCCUGGUCUAAUAUUCAACAACCACGAGUAUGACAAGGAAACUUAAGGCCUCAAGUGCACAAACACAUAGAAUGAACUUCACAGUGGAGAAGAAGUUUAACCAGCAGUUAAACUUGUGAAACUGAAAAAUAUUUGAAUAUUCAUAUAUUCUUCAAUAUUUAAUGAAGUAGAAUGUGUGAUUUCCAUUUAAAGGCUUUGAAUGUGCCAAAUAUACUGUUUCAUCUGCAAAAUCUAUCUCAGACACACACUGAAGAUUUUUUUUUAUGUCUGCCUUAAUUUGUGUGUGAAGAGGAAUAUUUAAUUACUCAACAAAUACAACUAAUAUUGUUUCCAUUUGCCAUUGCACUGUAUUUAGAAAUCUAUAUCAAACAUAAUCUAGAACAAUGUAAUUUGAAAUUUGUGUGGUAAAUAUAUGUCCUCACAUUCUAUCUGAAAAUUUAAUGUAUUUCACAACGUAAUGAAUAAUAAUUUUCUUUCAAAGUUAACAUGAACCAAAGCAACAGAUGUAAUGUUUGCUGAAUAACUGUA